AUGUUGGGAAUUGGUCGCACUCAUUUGGAAAACGUCAGAAAUCACCUAGCGAUGAAUGGUAUAAUACCACGUGUUCAUGGUAAUAUCAAACGAGUGCCGCGAUGGAAGACCAAAAUAACCAUUGAUAUCACCGUUGCUACCGCUGUGAAAAAUUUUCUCGAGAAUUAUGUUGAAAUUCACGGACUACCAAGUCCUGGUAGAAACGUCAAUCGCAUUACUCAAUCACUUACACUUUUGCCAGCCGAAACGAGUUAUAAAUCGGUCUAUCGUGAUUUUAUCGCAGGUCUCGAAAACGAUAGCACGUUGAAAUUGUUAAAAUAUGACGCAUUUCGCAAGUUAUGGCACCAAUUAACGCCUUAUAUUCAAAUCAUGAGUCCAAGAACGGAUUUAUGUGACACAUGCCAACGUUUUCGGAACGGCCUACAGUAUAAUGCUCGUAAGGAAGAAGAAGCCAAAGAUUUAUUGAAAAAAUACAAGGAACAUUUAGUUAAGGCUAAAUUAGAGAGAAACUAUUACAACAAAAAUACGAAAUUAGCGGAACAGCAAAGAAAAUUAGUAGACGAGCAUUUUAGAACAAGAGGUGAAGCUGAUUAUUGUAGCAUUGACGCGACUGCACAUUACAUGCAUUUAUUUGGUAUACAAGAUGAAGCAGUACGCGAACAAAUUAAUUACGUUCUCGAUGAAGGCGAAAUUAUCGGUAAAGGCCCUAAUGGUACGCUGAGCAUGGUAUUCGAUGGAAUUAAGAGAUUGAAUAAAGGUGAGAAACAUUUAAAGAUCACUUGCGAUAAUUCGGGAGGACAGAAUAAAAAUAAUGCUACCAUUUGGUUCUACUUGUAUUUGGUAAUUUGUGGCUACUAUGAAAGUGUCGAAUUAAAUUUUAUGAUACCGGGUCACACUAAGUUUAAGUGUGAUGGUAGCUUUGGAUUGAUUAAGAAACUAUACCGCAAAACGACCGUAGAUUGUGUGGAUCAUAUUGUUGAGGUUGUGAAAAGAUCGAGUACAGCGGGAUUAAACAAAACUCAGCGUUACGAUAACGGAAAAGGUUUUCAAUACUUAGAUCUUAAUUCCGUGUUGGGAAUUUUCUUUAAGAAAUUGAGUGGUUUACAAAAAUAUCAGCAUUUUGUAUUCGAAGCAGCCCAACCUGGAAUUGUCAAAGCUCAGCUGGUUGCCAAUGGUACUUAUACUGAAUUUAAUUUAUUGAAAACCAGAAAAGCAGGUGUUUCUGAAAUUAUCAAAGAAAUUAAAUCUUUUUCCAUCCUCGUACUGACCCCUCCUCCUUUGGAUUAUAAAAGACAAGAAUAUCUUUAUCAUAAUAUUCGCCCAUUUGUUAGAGAUGAAUUCAAAGACAUUACUUGUCCACAACCAAUUUAUACUGGCAAUGAAUAA